AUGUUUCAGAGAUCGUACACUCCCCAAAUGAUGAAUGAUGUAAUUCGUCGACUCGUUAGCAACAAUAUUGUGCCCAUCAGUCAAAUAGAAAGAUUCCGCGCAUUAGCGGAAAAAGUUGAAACUCUCUAUAACAACAAAGCAGCUGAGGAGAUGGAGCUAGAAGACGCACCAGAUGAAUUCAAAGGUUGGCAAAAUCCUGUAAUGGAUACGCUCAUGGAGGACCCCGUACGUUUACCCUCUGGUCACAUCAUGGAUCGGAAGCAUAUCUUACGCCAUUUGCUCAGCAGCCAGACUAAUCCUUUUAAUCGUGCACCCUUGACAGAGGAGGAAUUAGAGCCUGGUUGGUCCAAGAGUACAUUUUUCCACUUGUAA